AUGGGCUCCAGCGUUUCUCGAUACUUUGACCUCGCGCUCACGGUGAGCGGAAGCCCCGUAAACGCCGUCUACUACCCGUCGUGGAAGCUGUACGACGGCAAGCCCCCGUCCAUUGUCCAGGCGGAAGUCGUCACGCACGUAUACUAUGCCUUUGUCGGGGUCCACGAGAACGGGACACUUCGGUCCCUCGACGAGUACGCGGACUUUGAGGCGCCCAUCGGCGACUACGAGGGCUGCAUCGACGCGCUCGGCGGGCUGAAGAAGAGGAACCCGUCCAUCAAGACGUUGGUGUCGCUAGGGGGGGCCAAGGCCAGCGACGAGUUUCCCGCGCUCGCGGCGAGCGAGGAGUCGCGCCAGGAGCUCGCCUCGUCGGUGCGCGAGUUUUGUGAUCGGCACGGGUUUGAUGGAGUGGACGGUGAGUAUCAUUGCCUAUUAAGAUACACUCACAUACACACACACACAGCCGUGGACUGGGAGCACCCAGAGACGCCCGAGCAGGGCCGCGACUUCAUCAAGCUCCUGGGGGCGCUGCGCUCCGCCCUCCCGCCCGAGGCCGACUACCUCGUCACGGCGGCGCUGCCCACGACGGCCAACGUGCUCGACAACGUGGACCUCUGGGAGGCGGCGCGGGCGCUCGACCUGCUCAACCUCAUGGCGUACGACUUUACGGGCGACUGGACGAGGCUGAGCGGGCACCAGGCGCAGCUGUGGCCGCCGACGGGGGUGGAGCACCGGGCCGGCGGCGUCGCGGCGGCGGCGGCAGCGGCGGCGACGAAGAAGACAAAGAAGCGCGGCGAAGACGGCGACGACGACGCGGACCUGCGGCUGUCGGGCGCGGGCGGCGUCGAGUACGCGUCGCGCGAGGGUGUCCCCGCGAGCAAGAUUGUGCUCGGCGUGCCGGCGUACGCGCGCUACUUUCCCGGCGCGGAGGGCUACGGGGAGACGUUUGACGCGUCGCGCAGUGACGAGGUGGACUACUGCGACGUGCUCAACGGGAGCAGCAGUACCAGCGUCGUCAUUACAUCGUCGCCGUCGUCGUCGUCAGCGGCAUCGGGGGCGAGAACGAGAACGCGGGAGGAGGGGACGGAGACCAAGGGGCCGGGAUCCACGGUCGUCGAGAUCGCGGUGGACGCCGAGGCGGUGGCGGCGUCGUUUGUCGACAGGCGUCCCGGCGGGAGGGGCUUCGUGUCGCUCGACGUGCCGGAGACGGUGGCCAUGAAGGCCGGGUACGCAAAGUGCAUGGGGCUCGGGGGGCUGUUCUACUGGCACGGGGCGGGGGACAGGACGGGCGACGAGAGCCUGACAGACGAGUUUCCGGCUGGGUGA